AUGCUAGCGGAAGGGACCGGGAAGGCUUCUAGUCAUAGACGGCUCUUGUCUUUUUCAGACUCGCCGACGCGGAGCCCACAGCUGACACAGGACUGGCUUACUACUCCAGGGGACGAGAGGAACAAGACCCGCCUAGAACUCGACGCCGAGCGCCUCGUACCGCUCGCGGGCGUCGCGCGCGAGCGUGGCGGCCGUGACGACCGCGGGGUCCUCGAACGCCUCGGGCUCGACCGGGCGCGGCACCACGCCGGUCGACGCCGUGGUGACCGUCACGGCCGCGGCAACCUGGUCCGUCGCGUGCGGCGCGAGGACCUUGGCCGAGACCCAGCCCGCGACGGGCGCGGCGACGCGGCAGCGGGCACGCCGCUCCUCGACGACGUCCACCUUGCCGCCGCGCUCGACCGUGCCGACGACGGGGCUGCGCAGGCUCGCCGCCGCGCGCACCGUCGCGCCGCCCUUGCCGACGACGGCGUAGGUCCGGCCGGCCCGCUGCUCUGGGGGAUUGCGAUCGGGGUGGUUGACGAGGCGAGGCAUGCGCCGGGGGUCUUUGACCAAAGCAUACUGCGAGACGAGGACGGCUUCGUCCAUUUUGUGUGUUAUUUCGCAGCCCUUAUGUAUUCGCGUCAAAUGAGAUGAGACGGAGGUAGGGGACCAAAACAAUCGAACAAUCGUGCGGGGCGGGAGGCCUCGGCAGAUAUACUUAACAGGUUAGCAGUCCCCG